CCGUAAGUGCUAACUGUUAGUAGAUGCUAGCAGUGUAUACGCGCCGCGUUGCCGUCGAUGACGUACCGGUACGCUUCGGUCACUAUACGGUUACGAUACGCUCUGUUUACAUUGCAUUUACUAAUUUUCGAAAAUUUAAACUUAAAAAGUUUUUUAUUUUUUUUACUGGGUUGGCUGGGCUUUUAUUUGUUUACUGGUUUUGGGCUUAUUACUGUUUUGUGUAUUGCACUUUAAUUUUUUAUAUCUGAGUUCGGUCUUCAGGGGAUAACCACAAAUAGACUGAUUGGAAUAUACUUCAGACGUACAACUAAUUGUUACAAUGUGUUGAAAGUUGGAACAUUUAGUUGAGUGCUACGAAUUUAUUAACGGCUAGAGAACUAAGAUGUUAUGACGUUUGGAAAUAAGUUUCUGGUUGCUCGGAGGAUGUUUUGACUAUUGAUUAAGCCACCAUGGCUUACUACCGUUGCGGACCUACAGCAAUUGGCAACCGGGCCUCCUGGUCGGUGACGUCACCCGUCCACCAGGAGUCCAAGACCUUCGACCGUCCGCUCAGCGGGAACUACGAUAGAAUCUUCAACGCCUUUGAACGGACCAACGCUUUCGAAUAUGUUAGAAGUACCUUUGAAGGCAAGCCAGAAGAAAGGCAGAUAGGCCAUGGGGACAUAGUAGUGAAUAGGAAGAUGUCUAGUAGUUUUGAAAGGGCAGACUGCGCGUUGGCUGCGCAGACGCCGUGUGAAGAUGACGAGGAUUUUUAUAGGGAAAAGAUUCUGUACUCGCAGGCGAGACAGCUGUUUCCGUUGCAGGAAGAUCUGGCUGAUUGGAUUAAUAAAACUAAUGGCAUAACCUACCUGUCAGGAGAAAACUUUUUAGAUGUUUUGGAUAACGGCGCGGAUUUGUGCCAACUCGCUGUCAUCAUCCAUGAACGGGCGAGGGAAGCCCUUGACCAGGGUCUUAUAGUAGGGCCGGUGCCUUCUAUCCGCGGCCGUUGCUGGCAGCGCGCCGCGCGCCGCAGCUUCUUCUCUCGGGACAAUGCUGAGAACUUCAUCACCUUUUGUCGCGAGCUUGGCGUACAUGAAAACUUACUCUUUGAAAGUGAUGAUUUAGUAUUACACAACCAGCCUCGCCAAGUGAUCCUGUGCCUUCUAGAAGUGGCCCGUCUUGCCACGAAGUUCAAUGUGGAGCCUCCAGGCCUGGUGCAGCUGGAGAAGGAGAUCGCCUUGGAGGAGAGGGACUCUGGGCUCGACUCCGCCAUGUCUGGUGCCGCGUGGCAGUUCAGAGACAACUCGCCUUCACCGACCAGGGAGAAAUCCAAAUCAGAAGCUUUGCCUUCAUCUCCAGAUGACCUGAAUGAAGGCCAACAGUUGGUGCCCGACAACGUGGACGCAGAGAGCACCAAGUCGGGCGGUACGGAGAGCAGCACCGACACCGAUGUGCCUCUCAAGCCCACCAACGAGCUGGAUAAACGGGUGCAGCUGGUAACGCGGCUGAUGGAGCGUGGCUGCAACUGCAGCUCGGGGAAGUGUUCCAAGCUGCUGAAAGUGAAGAAAGUGGGCGAGGGAAGAUACAACAUCGCUGGGAGAAAUGUGUUCAUAAGGUUGCUAAAAGGGCGUCACAUGAUGGUCCGCGUGGGAGGAGGCUGGGACACACUGGAACACUUUUUGUCUCGACACGAGCCCUGCCAGGUGCGCCUCGUCACGCAGGGCCGCCGGGACGUGCUCCCUGUGACCCUCCCUCCCGCCUCUCCUCGCACCUCCCCCUCCCCAGCAAGCAGCAAGGGUUCCCUCACAAAAGAGCCCUCCCUAAUUGGCAAAACAUCUCCCUCACCCGCCAGCAGCAAAACCUCCCUAAAGGAGUCUCUUCCCGGCACUAUAUCCCCGAUAGACAGCAAAACGUCCUCCAUAAGCGGGAAAAUUUCCCCAGACCCUGGACUAAACUCAAAACCUCGCAAAACUUCCCUUUCAAACGGAAGAGUGUCUCCUUUAGAUAGCAAAGCUUCGUCUAUAAGCGGUAAAACCUCACCCGUAGAUUCAGGAGUCAAAUUUCACAAAACCAGUGGGAAGACAUCUCCUUUGCGCACUUCGACACCUACCAAACCAGCACUCAAUAAAAAUAGAUCAGCAUUAACUCUGCCACUGAAAGAUACAAAUGAUAAACCCAUGACGAGAAGAAAGCAAUCUGCACCCUCAAGCUUCAGCACCCCUGGUACACCCACUGGUAGAUCGACUCGAACGCCGCCAGUAGAGCUACGCAAAUCACUCACUUCAAACGCUUUACUUAACACUCCUAAGAAAUCCAGAAGCAUGAGUCUCGCUAACACUCUAGAGAGGAAACCGUUCUGUGGCACAGACAGGUUAAACCAAAACGCGAAAAAAAAUAAGAGCACAGUUACCACACCUACCGAACCGAUAGCCAGAAAAACACGCAGCCAAAGUCUCGCUUCCACACCAGUUAACGAACCAAAAAAAUCUUUAACCAACGGUUACGGUAAGAAAACGCGAAGCAUGAGUUUAGCUGCACCUAUUGAGUUCGGCAAACCGUUACAUAAAAGUGCGUCUGUAAUCACUACUGGUUUAACUCAAGCGGCUAUAGAAGACAGUAUCAGACGGUCAUUAGAAGCCAGUAUAGCGGACCACACGUCGCCCAAGAAGCCAUUUUUGCACAUCAAAGCCAAAUAUAGGAGUCCUCCCCCGAGGGAGGUGCCUCCUAGAUAAUUUCAACGCGGUUAGAUUCCUCAUUCCACUAGUUUUAAAGUUUGACAUUAUUAUUAUUAUUAAUGCAGGAUUUGUAAAGUCGAUCGCACGUCUGUAGGUACGCGCCACACGCCAUUUAUUUGCUGAAAGUCUUUGUCUGCACCUGCACUAAACGCGUCGUAUUCAACGCAUUUUUAUGUCAUAGUCUGUCUUUGUUGUACUCAUUUCUGAGGGUCACAAUCGAUUUCUAUUAAUCGCAAAAUAAUAGAGGUUUACUUAACUUUGCGAAAUGCGGUGGGCUUCCGCAUGUUUCAUGGUACAGUAUUAAAAUGUCACCCGAACCCGGCGUACGCUCCACAAAGCACGUAUAUCUGGUACUUAGGUACUCAUAAACAGAAAAAUUGCCUUUUUAUGCUGUUUAGGCUAUUUUGGCUUUGAUAUGCGUAGCAGAUAUUCGUUCAGUUUAACCAUCCGAGGUUGCUCAGGAUGAAGAUAAUCAAAAUAUUAGAUGCUUACAGUAUUAGGGGAUAUUACGGUGCUUUCGGUGCGUACUAAUGUGCGAUCAGUAUUUAAAGUCAACGAACAUAAUUUCGCGGGUCCAACGCUGUGAAAUAUUUAUGGCCCGAUGUGAAAGUUCAAUUACUAGACUUUUAUAGUUUUUCUAGUAAUCAUUUAGGUUUGAAAUUAAUAAUUAAUCUAUAUAUUUUGUAAUCUGUUGAUAAGUUACUUAACAACGUUGUUAUUGUAUUUAUUAGAUAUUGUAUGGUUUUUUUAACAAUUAGGUACACAUUAUACAUUAUACACAAAUAAACAAUUGAAAAUUAACUCAUCGACAGAUUACAGAUACCUAGAUUAAUUAUUAAUUAAUUUCAGCCGUUAGUUAAGCGUUAUUUAGAUCUCCUAAGCAAUCUCGUAUUUAUCAUCUGUUUAGUGGGUAGUCGCUAUAAUUAUAAAACAUUCAUCAAACACUCCAGCAUCCCGAGCACAAUCAGUGUGACUUUCUCUCGGGAUUUUUGCAACGCUUUAUCGAUUGAAAAAAACUCAAGGAAGCGUUAUCACAAUGAUUUUGCUUGGGCUGCAGGGCUCUUAUUCACUACGACAUUCUCCGCAACCGAUUCAUAACUGUAAUUUGUGAAGUAAUUCAGUUAUAAUAACAAAGAAAAGUUAUUACUAAGUUCGCGCCGCAUGAGCACUUUCUGAGCAUGCUAAUGACAUUGUACAAUAAUUGUAAAAGAUUUCAGUAAUAAAAAUGCGAAUGACAUUGCCAGAACAUGUCGACCCAAACUAAUACCUACUUAGACCUAACCUAGCGUGCUGUACCAACUCAUAAUUUGCGCGUAAGUCUAAAAAAUGUGUUUGUACGGAAAGUGCGGUGCGGACGUAAUGUGCGAACUGUAUUUAAAACCAUAUUGAUUGUCGUAGAGAAUCAGAACUCAGAAGGGGGAACUAGUCAUAAUGAAUUUCGUAUGUAAAUUGUAAUUAAGUAUGUAUAAUUAAUUAAUUGAUUAUGAUAAUGUAAUUUAAUAAUGAUGAUUAAUUUUAAAUUCACUUCCAAUUUGCAAUAAUUAUUUCAUUUAUGUUCAAAUAAUUUAAAUAAUUUAUUUAAGAUUUUUUUUUUCUUUUGUAUAGGAUCAUGUUUUUUAUGAUUUAAAAGUAUGUUGUGUGUUGGUACGCGUUAAAUGUUUGUAUUAUCUUAAGUUUUGACUACUGAAUCUAUUUUGAAUCUACAUUUUAUUCGAAUCUAAUACUACGAUAAUGAAUGAAUAUCAAAUUAAAUAAUUAUUAUAUUUAAAGUCACUUAAGUAUCGCUUUCAUGCUUAACUAUUUAGGCAUAAUUUGAAUUAUAGUAGCGUUGCUUAUUUAUGACUCGCGGACUAAAGGAAAAAGUUAGAUGAUGCCCUCGCAAACUCUCAUGUUCAUAAAAGGAACCAUCUGUUGACACAGACCUCGAAACGAUACCUAGUUUGACGUCCUGAACCUACUCGCUCCAGAUUAGCGCGCUUUGUUUUUCAUCUUAUUUCUUCAAAAUAAAUAAAUGUGAGAGGUGUUUCAUUUAUUGGCGGCAUACUUUCUAUCUACCUAUCAUUUUCCUUUAGUCUGUGUAAAACCUAUCGUAAUUUGUAACGAACUGUGGCUUAAGUACACCAGUAACCUCAGCGUACAAAGUUCAAUGUCCAUACAUCAUCUAUUUUGGUACAGCAUUUGUCGAAAGGAUAUAAAUAUUUUUGCACUUAGAUAGACAAGCACUAGCUAGACUCCGAUAAAUUAAAUUUUAUGUAAUAAAUAAGUAACUUAGAUGGAAAAACUCACACACACGAUACAAUUAAUUAACUAAUUAAGGUAAUUAUACAGUACGUGUCACGAAAGUUGAAAAAGAGGGUAGUUGGGUGGCUGCUAAAGACCUACAAUAAAACCAUUUCAUAUAGCUAUAUCGUUCUAAAUCUCAUUUGCACAUCUCAGGUGGAAAGACACCCUAAGUAGAACUGCCUUGGGGUGUGUGGACGCAACAUACACACGCAGAAGUUGAAUACACCUCGUGCCUUUUGUAUACUUAGAUUAAAAAACUUGCGCCAACUGGAUCCAACUGCUCCCUGCGACUCGUAUAAAGUCGUCUAUUCCACCUAGUGGCAGAUCUGCUGAUGAGUCUUGACAGGUCUAAAAAUAGUGCUGUUCUUUUACAUUGUUGCACUAGUUUAGACCUGCAGAAAAGGAAAGUAUGAGAUCUUUGACUUUGCUUACACUUGACUUAGAAAUGAGACAAAAUUGCACUGACAAAAUGCAGUCUCGUUUUAGCUGAAGCUUUUGUCUGAGCAAAGUCAAAGUACGGUCUAUGCUCUACAAAAUUCUGCCUUUGACUGAGGCAGCUUUACCAAGGGAGCGCCGCCGUUUGCUCCCGCACCUUACCAUAGGGACUACUUUUCGACCAGUUCAACUUUCGUGACGCGAACUGUAACACCAUUGAAACCUGUUGUGAUAAUUAAAAACAAUUGAUGGUAUAAUAUUGACGUGGGCCUUUAUGAAAAUAUCCAGAACUUCCAACCAGUGUGAACUGAGCUUAACUUAGGCUAGUGAUAUACAAACAUGCUGCCGAUCUAUCGUACUACAAUAUUGUGCCAACAGUUUUAAUAUUGUGUAAGUUUGAAAUAAACUUUUUGAUAUCAUUGCA